AUGAGGACAACUUCUGGUGUAACAAACACAGCCUACGGCUGCGUUUGUUACAUUGGGCUGGAUUGGAUGGGACUGGACAAGCUUUCUAGGGAUAUUUUUGAUGAUGUGGAUGAAAAAGUUUUUAUCCCAUUGGCUUCCGUAUUUUUGCCAAAAAUUUCUAGUGCCAUUCGACCCUUUUUGCCCCCUUUAUCAGUUGUAGUGACAUCACUGUGUGUUGGAGCUCCUCUUGCUAUAAACAUAAACUCUGUUUUAUCGGCUUUUGGGAUAUCAGUUUUGUUGGUUGUUAUUGCACUUCAUUUAUCAGCAUUUGUCCUUGGAUACACAUUUACUGGCAUUGCUUUCCACAAUUCACCAGAUGUCAAACCACUUCAAAGAACUCUAUCUUAUGAAACAGGUAUGCAAAGUAGUCUAUUGGCCCUUGCACUAGCAAAUAAAUUCUUUCAAGAUCCACUCGUGGGAGUGCCUCCAGCAAUAUCCGUUGUAAUUAUGUCACUAAUGGGGUUCUCUCAUGUGAUGAUUUGGGGUAAGAAGAAGAACGUGUAA